CCGCAAGGCGCGGGUGCGAGCGGCAUGUCCUCUCUCGGCGCCCGCGGCGCCAAGGCGUACAACGGCUCCGCGCCCUCCAACUACGUCGCCGGUCUCGGCCGUGGCGCCACCGGUUUCACCACCCGCUCAGAUAUCGGCCCAGCGCGCGCCACGGGCGAAGAAACAAACCUGUCCGAGUCGAACUUUGACAAGUUCUCGGGGUACUCCGAGUCGCUCGCGCAGGGCCUCCCCUACGACGACGACGACGAGGUCGCCGACACCGUCUGGUCCGAGGUGGACGCAAAGAUGGACGAGCGGCGGCGCACGCGGCGCGAGGACAAGCUGAAGCAGUCGCUCGACAAGUUCCGCGCGGUGCGGCCAAAGCUGCAGCACCAGUUCGGCGACCUGAAGCGCGAGCUGCAGCUCGUCUCGCGCGAGGAGUGGGAGACCCUCCCCGAGCCGGGCGAGCACCGCAAGUCGCGCGCCGCCGAGCGGCGGAACGAGCGGUACAUGCCGACGCCCGACACGCUGCUCGAGAAGGCGCGGCUGGAGCAGGAGGUGCACAACUCGCUCGACACGAGGCAGAUGAUCAACGGCGGGAUGGAGACCGUCGUCGGCGGCUCCGCCACACCCUUCCCCGGCUCGGCUGGCUCCGCCACCCCGUUGCCUGGCGGCGCGACGCCGCUGACGGACCUGAAGGCCAUCGGAGCGGCGAGGAACUCGGUGCUGUCGGUCAAGCUCGACCAGAUGUCGGACUCUGUGUCGGGGCAGACGGUGGUGGACCCGAAGGGCUACCUCACCGACCUCAACUCGGUCAAGGUCUCCACCGAGGCGGAGAUUGGCGACAUCAAAAAGGCGCGCCUCCUCCUCAAGUCUGUCACUCAGACCAACCCCGGGCACGGCCCCGGCUGGAUCGCCGCCGCGCGGCUCGAAGAGGUCGCCGGCAAGCUCGUCGCCGCGCGGCAGAUCAUCCGCGAGGGCUGCCGCGCCUGCGCCGCGAACGAGGACGUGUGGCUCGAGGCGGCGCGGCUGCAGACGCCCGAGAACGCCAAGGUCGUCCUCGCCGACGCGAUCAAGAAGAUCCCCACCUCGGUCAAGAUCUGGCUGCAGGCCGCCUCCCUCGAGUCCAACCUGGGCAUGCGGCGGCGCGUGCUGCGCAAGGCGCUCGAGGUGGUGCCAAACUCCGUCAAGCUGUGGCAGGCGGCCAUCGACCUCGAGCCGCCGGAGGACGCGCGCGUCAUGCUCGGCCGCGCCGUCGAGUGCGUGCCGCACGCCGUCGACAUGUGGCUCGCCCUCGCGCGGCUCGAGUCGUACCAGAACGCGCGCAAGGUGCUCAACAAGGCGCGCGAGACGAUCCCGACUGAGCCGCAGAUCUGGAUCACGGCCGCGCGGCUCGAGGAGGCCAACGGCAACCUCGAGAUCGUGGACAAGAUCAUCGAGAAGGCGUCCAAGUCGCUCGCGCUGCACUCGGUGCACCUCGAGCGCGAGCAGUGGCUCUCCGAGGCGGAGGCGUGCGAGAAGGGCGCCGCGCCGCGCACGGCACAGGCAAUCGUCCGUGAGGCGAUCGGCCUCGGCGUCGAGGAGGAGGAUCGCAAGCGGAUGUGGAUGGAGGACGCGGACUCUCUCGUCGCGCGCGGCUGCCCCGAGUGCGCGCGCGCCAUCUACGCGGUCGCGCUCACCACCUUCCCGACGAAGAAGUCGGUCUGGGUGCGCGCGGCGCAGCACGAAAAGGCGCACGGCACGCGCGAGUCGCUCGACGCGCUGCUGCGGCGCGCGGUGUCGUACUGCCCGCAGGCGCAGGUGCUGUGGCUCAUGGGGGCAAAGGAGAAGUGGCAGUCGGGCGACGUCGAGGGGGCGCGCGCCAUCCUUAACGAGGCUUUCCGCGCGAACCCGGACUCGGAGCAGGUCUGGCUCGCCGCGCAGAAGCUCGAGUCAGAGAACAGCCAGCCAGAGCGCGCGCGCAAGCUGCUGGCGCGGGCGCGCGAGCGCGCGGGCACCGAGCGCGUGUGGAUGAAGUCUGUGACGCUCGAGCGCGACUUGGGCGAGCUGGAGAGCGCCCUCGCGCUGCUCGGCCCGGCGCUCAAGGCGCACCCCCGCUUCUGGAAGCUGCACUUGCUCAAGGCGCAGCUCGAGUCGCGCGCCGGACAGCACGCCGCCGCGCGAGAGACGCUCGCGCGCGCCGUCAAGGUGUGCCCCGAUUGCGAGCCUGUCUGGCUGGCGGCGGCGCGGCUCGAGGAGGCGCACGGCGCCGUCUCGAAGGCGCGCUCGCUGCUCGAGGUAGCGCGACUCAAGCGGACGGGCGCGCGGCUGGGCGCGCCGCAGCUGUGGCUCGAGGCGGUGCGGCUCGAGCGGCGCGCGGGAAACCGCAAGGCGGCGAUGACGCUGAUGGCAAAGGCGCUGCAGCAGUGCAAGUCGGCGGGGCUGCUCUGGGCGGAGGCGAUUGCGAUGGAGCAGCGCGCGCAGCAAAAGACAAAGUCGUCCGACGCGCUCAAGGCGUGCGACAACGACGCGCACGUCAUCCUCGCCGUCUCGCGCCUCUUCUGGCGCGACCGCAAGGAGGAGAAGGCGCGAUCGUGGUGCAACCGCGCGGUCACCCUCGACCCGGACUUGGGCGACGCGUGGGGAAACUACUAUGCCUUCGAGCUGCAGCACGGCACGCCCGAGCAGCAGGAGGAGGUGCUGCGCCGCUGCGUCGCCGCCGACCCGCACCACGGCGACGAGUGGACGCGCGUCGCAAAGGACGACCAGAGCUCGCUCGGCUGGUCGGCGGAGCAGCUCCUCCAAAAGGUGGCCGAGAACAUGGCGCUCGGGCGGUGGACGGGCGAGGCGCUCGACAAGAUGGCGGCGAGCUCGAGCGGCGCGAGCUAGGCGCGGCGGUCGGAGCCGCCCCGCUCUCGCGACUCGACAUGUCGCGGGGAGACGAGGAACUAACAGUAGCGCUGCGGAGCCUGCUCCAAUCUCGGUGUGUUCCUCGCUGGCUGUCGGAGAGACGGAGUGCUCCGCGACGCUCUCUCUGUGUUGACUGUUGUGCGCCUCCCCGCAGCCGCACACGCUGGUCGCUGCGGGCUUGCGAUUUAGGGCUAACACAGAGGCGAGUAAAAAGCAGAACACAGAUCCGCAGCGCCGCACACCCCCGGCGAGAAUGGAUACAGGGAGGCAUAGCGCAUACCAAGCAUGCAGCCGACGCAACGCAAGAACGAAGAAGACGAGUCAGACAAGGAAGACGAGAGAGCAUGAGGCUGGAAUCUAAGCCAAGAGGAGCGUACAGCACCACAGGGAGGGCGGGGGCGGGCAGGGGGCGGGUACGGAGGGGGGAGGGGGUAGAAAGUUCAAUUCAGCCAGGCGGCCGAGCAGUACUCUCACUGCGCUCGUGGGCGCUCUAUUGUCCGCCCUUCAUGCGCGCCUCAAAGGCGGCAGUGAUCUCGGCGUUGCGGGCAGACUGCGCGGCGCGCUUGGCCUCAUUCUUCCGGCGGUUCUCCUCAAUCAUCUUCAUGACGUCGUCAAAGCCUCCGUCCGCCGCAGGCGCCGCUGCGCUCGCCGCGGCCGCCGCAUUGAGCUUUUCGCUGUCGCCAGCCUCGCGCUUCGCCUGCUCGUCCUUCUCCAUCUGCGUCUCCAGCCACGCCUGCUCCUCGUCCGUGGGCGGCUGCUCCGCUCUUUGCUGCGGCGGAUGCUGCGGCACGGGCUGCUGGCCGGGAGGCAGGUACGGUGACGCGCCGCCGUUCAUGGGUUGCUGGUAGCCGUUGCCGCCGUACAUGCCGGGGACGAACUCUCCCGCGCCCGGAUGCAUGCCGCCAUAGGGCGCGCCGCCGUAGGGCAUGCCGUACCCUUGCUGUCCGGGCUGCCCGUACAUACUGCGGCGGAUCGGGGCCUUGCACACCG